CUCUCCCUCCACCGCUCAGGUUUCUCUCUCUCUACGCAAUUCCUCUUUCGACAGCUUGAGCUUCACCUAUGGCGACGUCGGGCGAUGGAAUGGCUCCCUACCAAGGAGGGGGAUUAGGGGGGAAGUUUCGGAAGAGGCCUAUACGGCGUAGUGCUCAGGGGACGCCGUACGAUCGGCCUCCAACCGCACUCAGGAACAAUAGCCCUAGCCUCUUCGCGAAACUCGUGGACCCCGCGUCUAGACUCAUAUACGCGGGGGCCGAUAGGCUCUUUGGCGUUUUUCGUAAGCGGCUUCCUUCUAUUGCUGCACGACGUCCUCCAGAGACUAGUGAAGAACCAAGGAAUGGGCUUCAGGAGGCAGGUCCAAAUAUUUCUACUGGAGUAUCAGAACCUAGCACAGACAAAGGUCGGAAUUUGUCUACCAUCUCUGCUGCCCCACAGAUAUCAGAGCUUGAGAAUAUGCUGAAACAGAAGACCUUUACUCGAUCGGAAAUUGAGCGUUUGACAGCAUUGCUGCAUUCGAGAACUACCGAGUCACCUUCUGAUGACGAUGAAGGGGACGGAUCAAAGCGUCCCAGCACAACAUCUCAGCUUUUGAGGCUUGAAGCAUCCACAAGUGGCCCAUUGAACAAGCAUGUGGAGGAUAGGGAAAAUUUCCAUGCUUCCAUUUUGACUCCUCGUGCCAACUCAAGAGCCUUUGAAGAGGAUGUUGCCUCACCUGCUGAGCUUGCGAAGGCUUACAUGGGGACGAGGCCUGCCAAAGUAUCACCAUUGACCUUGAGGUUGGGCAGUCAAGCACCAAGACAAGAGUCGAUGUCACUUAAUAACACAAUAGUCUUCCCAAGAACACCUAUCACAUCACUUGCACCGAGGACUGCAGGUAGCUCAAAGGGUCUUGAAAAUGGUUUGACAACCCCGAGAUCACGAGGCAGAUCAGCAAUAUAUAACAUGGCACGCACACCAUAUUACAGGGGAACUUCAACUUUUAACCAAAAGGGAAUGAAGUCAGAUUAUGGUCAUGGUGUGGCGUCACCAUCACUCGCAUUAUCUCAACCUGCUAUGGAACAUGAUGGGCCAAGUGGAUCAAGCAAGACGGCUCUAAAACGUAGGAGUUCAGUACUUGAUGAUAUUGGGUCUGGUGGACCGGUCCGUAGGAUUCGACAGAAAGCUAAUCUUCUAUUACAAGGAAGCUCUCUGGCAAAACAUAAAAGUCAAUUUGAUUCAAGUGCUCUUCAACAACCAGGUGCAGCAAGUCAGAAGCUGAUUUUAAGGAAUGAACCUGAGCCAAAAGUCUCUAAGACAGUAGAGGAAAAUGGGGAGACCAGCAAGCGUAUUUUAGGUUAUGCAUCUGUUCCUACGAAGUCGUCUCAAAUGGCUUCGAAAAUAUUGGAACAACUAGAAAGAUUGAGCCCAAAAGAAAAACCUUCAGGAUCUAGGCUUGCUGGAACAAAUGAGAAAUCGCCCACUAAACAGACAUCAAAUAUGAUCCAUGGCCAGGCUCUUGGAAGCCUAGAGAAAGUUGAUUCACCAAAAUUUCUGCCAAGCCCUCCGGUUAAUCAGAAAUCAGAGAGUCAGAACCACACGUGGUUGCCUGAGGCUCGUGCCUCAACCUCUCAAAGCAAAGACAAAGUUGAAGAAAAUGGCCCAAGGAAGUUUGCUGUUCCUCGUAAUGUACUGAGCUCAAUGAAUGGAAGUUCUACAAUAGUGGUAAGAGAUAAUGCACCAAUUGCUACAAACACAGAUUCCAUAUUGAAGCUGCCAGCAGAACCUCCUCAGAAGAAGCGGUCUUUUCAGAUGAGUGCUCACGAGGAUUCUUUUGAGGUAGAUGAAGACAACCAUUCUAAUGGGCAUGCAUUCGUCCCAUUGGGUGAAAAUAAGAAACUGGUAACAUCUGUGGUAGCAAAAAAGGAUGUUUCUGCUGAUGCGCCUGCUCAAGUCAAUCAAACUCCUGCACUGCCUGAAGUCACUAAAACUUCGGGACCUGAAGUUGGCAAAAUUCCAGCAAUGCCUGUGUUAAAAAAAACUGAUGAUGCUAUAUCUCCUCCAAAAACUGAUUUGGGACGUCCUGGUGGUUCUGUUGUUAAUGAGCAGAAGAUGGGAUUUAACUUCCCUACCUCGCCUCCAUCAAGUAGCAAUACGCAGUCUGCUGUGUUUUCUCAAUCAACCUCAAUAUUGGAUUCGGCUGCUGCACCGAAGGAACCAACAGUUCUGCCAACAUUUGGCACAAGCACUAAAAAUGCUGAGAAUAUGCCAUCAUUCUUUUUUUCUGCUGAUGAGCCUUCAGGAUUCAAAACCAAUGCUAGUCCAGAUGCAAAACCACCUGGUUUAACCAGCUUGUUUAAUUCUGUUACGAAGAAUGAUCUAGUACAAGUUCCAGCUUCCAAUAAAGAUGAUAAUGGCAGCAGUCAGAAGUCAGUAUUUAUGUUUGGUAAAUCAGAAUCUUUAUCCUCUGCUAGUCCAACAACGACGUCAGCAAGUGGUAUAUUUUCAUUUGAAGGCCCAGCCAAGAAUUCAAGUAUUGCCAACGGGACUGCUACUUCAAGCCCAUCAAUUUUUGCUUCCUCGUCUCCAUUUACAGCUUCUGGUACUAACACAAAUAAGCCUUUCAGUAGUAGCUCAUCCCAUGUUCUGUCUUUAUCCUCUACCACCACCACUUCAGCCUCUACUAUUGCUUUUUCUACACCUCAGCCAGCACCCAAAUUUGGUUUUGGGUCUGCAACUUCAACAACUUCGGCUUUGGCGGCACCUACGAAAGACAAGGAACCAAAAUCCAGCAUCAGUAGCUCACCUUUUCCUAGCCCAUCUUUUGCCACAGCAAGCACUGGAAAUGCAUUUGGGUUCAGUUCUCCAGCAGCUACAGCAACCACCGAUAACCACUCUCAGGGAUCCCUUUUUAAAGGCACCAGUGGAUCUCAGACAUCUACUGCUGUUACAAAGGUGGCGCCUUUCCAGUUUGGCUCUUCCUCCACCUCUCCAGCUUCUGGGACUACUGCCAUGCCAUCUUCUUCUUCUUCUUCUUCAGGGAGUUCUCUUUUUGGUUCCUCAGCUCCUGCUUUUAGUUCAGCUCCUAGUUUUGGUCUUAGUUCUGCUGCUGCUGCCUCUGCCUCGACAGAGAUCAAAUCUGGUAGUUCCACCAGUAGUUCUACUAACAUAUUUGGCUCUUCAUUCAGUUCGACGCCUAGUUUUGGCCCUAGUUCUGCUGUUGCCUCAUCAGACACCAAAUUUGGUUCUGCUUGGCAGCCACCAAAGUCUUCUGCGUUUGGUUCUUCUUUUGGUUCUCCAUCUACAGGGUUUUCCUUUGGGGCUUCUUCUGCCAGCAGUUCACCUAUUGUGUUUGGAUCUACUUCUAAUGCAGGUGCUUCUACGGGAUCUUCCAUGUUUUCAUUCACUGCUUCUGGUGGUACAAAUUCAUCUUUUUUGGCUCCCUCCCCUGGUCAAUCUGUUUUCGGAAGCUCGACGCCUGUUUUUGGAGCUGCCACGGCUUCACCUAACAAUAACGAUCAAAUGAGUAUGGAAGACAGUAUGGCUGAAGACUCUACUACACAAACACCCACUCCUUCCAUUCCUACAUUUGGUCAAGCUCCUGCUAGCACCCCAGGUUUCAUGUUUGGUUCAGCCACCCCAACACAGUCGACAGUUCCUUUUCAAUUCGGUGGCCAGACAAAGCAACAGCUGUCUCAAAAUCCUUUUCAGGCAUCUGGUGGCCAGACAGAUCAACAACCAUCUCAGAAUCCUUUUCAGGCAUCUGGUAGUGUGGAGUUCAAUGCCGGAGGAAGUUUCUCGUUAGGGUCCGGUGGGGGUGACAAGUCUGGCCGAAGGAUUUUAAGAGUUAAAAGCAAGAACAGGAGGAAGUAAAGAGCUUAUAUGGAAGAUGGUCUUUUUUGGGGAGAUGCAAGGCAAUUUGUUGCGUUCUUCAUUUCAUGAUUAUGCAGCCUCCAUGGUUUCAGGUAUUGUGGUAAUUAGAAUGUUAUAUCUCAUUUUUGGAGGAAGUGUUCCGUGGCUGUGGUAGGAAUGGAUACUUGUUCAAAUUUUAUCAUCACAUUAUUUAUCUUUUUGUGUACUCCUGUAAAAUCAUACAAGUUAUAAAGACCUUUUCAAUCCAGAGUCAUAAUGC